UCGCCCAGAAGCAGAACUCCACCACGCUGGCGCAGCUCGCCCUGCGCAUGGCCUCCGCGGUGCGCGCGGGCACCUCGACGGGCGAGGACCCCUUCGCCAAGGUCAAGGGUUUGAUCUCCGAGAUGAUUUCAAAGUUGGAGGACGAAGCGGCCGCAGACGCUGAGCACAAGGCGUACUGCGACAAGGAGCUCAGCGAGAACGAAGAGAAGGAGGCGGACAAGAUCGCGGAGAUCGAGAAGAUGACGACCAAGAUCGACCAGUCGCCGGCUCGUCCGAGCUGAAGGACGAGACGGCCCAGCUCCAGGCGGCCCUGGCGGAGCUCGCCAGCACGCAGGCGGACAUGGCCAGGCUGCGGGAGAAGGAGAACACCCUGUACAAAAAGAACAGGGCAGAGAUGGAGGAGGGGCUCGAAGGCGUGAAGCUGGCGUUGAAGAUCUUGAACGAAUACUAUGCGAAGGAGGGCAAGGCCCACGUCGCCGCCGACGGGGCCGGCGGCGGCGUCAUUGGUCUGCUGGAGGUCAUUGAAUCGGAUUUCUCCAAGAACCUUGCCGAGAUCAUUUCCACUGAAGAGACUGCGCAAGCCGAGUACGACCAGGAGUCCAAGGACAUGGAGCUCGAGACUACGAACAAGCAACAGGAUGUGAAGUACAAAACGCAGGAGUCGAAGAGCUUGGACAAGGAGGCGGCGGAGUACAAAUCCGACAGGCAGGGCGUCCAGAAGGAGCUCGACGCGGUGCAGGCGGUGCUGAAGAGCCUGCACUCGCAGUGCGACGAGACGACCGAGCCGUAUGCAGAGCAGAAGCGCCGCCGCGAGGCGGAGAUCCAGGGCCUCAAGCAAGCUCUGGACAUUCUCGAGGGCGAGGCCGUGCUCCUGCAGUCCGCGCGCCGGCUGCGGGCGGUGCACCAGCACCGCGCCGCGUGAGCCGCGCCCCGCGGGCCGGGCCGGCCACCACGAUCACACCCGCCCCGCGAGCGUCCC